AUGCAGGUGCUAUCUGAGCCCAGAUGUGAUCAGACAGAGUUCUUACACCAAAAUGGCACCUGUGUUGAAUGCCCUGUUUGUAAGCCUGGAGAGCAGCUAUCCGGGGAUUGUGGCUUUGGUUAUGGUGGAGAUGGGGUUUGCAUUCUCUGUGAAAGGGGGACCUUCAGCACAGUUACAGGUGUGGAGCCCUGCAGGAGAUGCACUCAGUGCAACCUGCUGAACCGCCAUAUGCUGACCGAUUGUUUUCCCACCAGUGACACUAUGUGUGGGAAGUGUCUCCCAGGAUAUUAUGAACUUAAGAGCAUGACAGGGGAUGUGGAGCUGCUAUGUAUUCCUUGUGAGAGCCAGGAUGCACUCCAUAAAGAGUGUAGAAGCUUUGCAUCUCGAGGCUCUAAAGCGCAGAGCGCCAUCAUGUUACCUGUUGGAAAGUCGGACAAACAGACCGAAACAGGAAUGAAGGAGGAAAGUAUUUCUGCUGGCCUUAUUGGUGCUGUAAUAGCCUCCUUGUUUCUUCUUAUUGCUACGUUACUUUGGGUUGUCCUCCUGACUGCUAAAAGAUUCAAGCAGAUUCCUGAACGAUGUAUAAAACCUGAGGGGUUACUGUCUGGAGCAAACCUUCGGUACGAGUGUCCCUCUGGUCACACAGGGAAAGCAACGCAACAAGACACACCUUUAGAGACCAGUUUAACCGAAGAUACAAGAGGGCAGAACUCACUGAACCAUGAGAGUGAGCUGCAUCCCACUUCUAUCGUGAUUAAUGUCACCACCAACAUCAAGCCCUGCAGUCAGAAACAAGAUAACAUCAUGCAGGACGGACAAACAGGCUUUAAUACAGAGGAGAUGGAGCAAAAACUGCAGAGAAUAUGGGAGAUUGCCCAAGGUCAGAGUAUUGAGAUACUGAACUAUGACACCAUUCAGGAUUUGUCCCUGCUGCUCGACUCUCCUAACCACCUUUACAUUUUAAGGAAGCUGGGGCUGUCUUUGGGUGUGCCCCCUCAGCUCACUGCUCAUUUUCACAGUUUCCAGGACCUUUUUCAGUAUCUCCGUACCUCCACCUACACUCAGCUUCCUCAACUGGCCCAGGCCGCUGCACUCCUUCCUAAUUUUGAAGUUGUUUCAAGGAUAUACAGAGCUCUGGUGAACAAGUGAUUGCUUACACCCUGAGGGUGUGUUCCCAUGACUUGAACUAUACCCUGAUCUGCUUUAGAUGAUGAACCAGUCACCUGAUCACAGUGUAUACCUGUACCUACUCCUGGAGCAAAAGGACAAUAGAAAAUACUGAAAAAAAAAAUAGUCUCCAAGUGAAAUGUGAUAUUAAUGAAUGUAAAUUGAUCAUUCAUAAGAGGUUUGACUACACUAACUUCCUUUGUAAAUAAAUGCUGAAAAUCUUAAGACACUAAACUACAAAUGACAUAUAAGUAUCAGAAUGCAGUAGUACAAAAGAAACAGAUUUCAGACUUUGUGUGUUUUGUCAACAAUUUAUAUUAUAUCCAUUUUAAUUCAGUCACAGCUCUAAGCAAGGGUUUUUGCCUGUUUACAAAGUAAACAGGGUUAGCAGCCCUCUGGCUAAAGCAUGUGAGACAAAGCCGGACAGAGAAUACUGUGUUCACGGUAAAAGAGAAUAACUUGAGCUCUGAAACCAUUUUCAAAUCCUCUUAUUGGGAGAUGCCUGUGAAUUGAUCAUCUCUAGAAAUUAUUUGGCACAUUAAAUCUGGUAAGCGUUUAAAUUAUUCUAUUCUUUCUUGUCAAACUUAUGUUGAAAACUGUUUAUUUAUUUUUUUUGUUAUAAUAAUAAAAGUGUUCUUAAUUUAUAGUUCCCA